AGCCAGGCUUUGGCCUUAACACGUGUUGCCAAUGCUGCUGCAGCAGCUGCUGCCGCCAAUGCCAGCAAACAGGUCAGCAACAGCGAGUCAGCUUUGCAUGGCGAUGUUGUGGUUAAGACAGAGCAUUCAUUGUCGCCACCUCAUUCGACUUCAGCCACAGGAGGUGGAGGAGGAGCCGGAUCACAACAACAAAGAAGAUCCUCAUUACAGGGUGUUCAAGACAAACUGCAACAAUUACAACAAUUGCAACAUCAGCAGCAACAACAACAAAAUGAUUUGCAACGUAGCCCACAUUAUUCGGCGGGUAAUUUAUCUAAUCACAAUACCACACCAUCCCCUACAUUACACCGGGAGAUGUCAUCAACACCCUUGGGUCAACCCAAUUCAACAACUAGUCAAAAUAGUUCGACACCAAAGCCAAAUGAACGUGAUCAUCACAAUCUAACGCCUCAUAAUACCUCAGCCCAGCAGCAGCAACAACAACGUUCCGAUAGCCAUCAUCAUGGCCAGCGUGUUAUGGGCAGUAUUACAUGUCUGCCACCGUCAGCUUUAAAUGCCGUUGCAGCAGCCGCUGCUGCCCAACACCAUCACCAACAACAGCAUCAUCAUCAGAGUGCAGAGAAAGUGCUUAGUUCCACUGCUGGUCCCAUGGAACAGCGCAAAGAUUUCGAUAUAACCAAAGUCAAUUGUAAGUGA